ACAGCCUACGUCUGACCUGGACUGAAAUGUAGGUGAGAGACAAGAUUGGCUCACAUCCUGGGAAAUAACCUAAGUCGGAACUCUAGCAGGAGCCACAGCCUCUCCCUGGGGCAAAGUAUUCACCACAGUAACAAGCGAAAGAGGAAGGUAAUGCUUCAGUCUUCAGCAAGGCAAGGACUUGAGGGCUGCAGAGCUUCUCCCUGAUCCUUUGUUCCUGCUUAUUCAAAGCGGACCCAAAGGAGAAGUCACAGCAAAGAAGUUGCCACCAAGCAGCCCAAGAGGCCUGGAAGCAAACCUGGAGGUGAGACCUGGAGAAAGCUGGAACCAUGCUGACCUUGUGUCCUAUGAAGAGGCAGAUUCAAAACCCGGGAAGCCUGACGUCAGUGCAGAUGAGGGAGAUGGGAGUCCCCAAAUCUGCCGUGUAUGCGGGGAUAAGGCGACUGGUUACCACUUCAAUGUCAUGACAUGUGAAGGAUGCAAGGGCUUUUUCAGGAGAGCCAUGAAACGCAACACCCGGCUGAGGUGCCCCUUCCGGAAGGGCACCUGCGAAAUCACCCAGAAGACCCGGCGCCAGUGCCAGGCCUGCCGGCUCCGCAAGUGCCUGGAGAGCGGGAUGAAGAAGGAGACCCGAGCUCUUCCCACCAUUCCACAAAGUUGUCACAAACCCACUGCCUCGGGCGGUUUACCAGCUGCACCUCACUCUCUGCCCUUAACCCAGUGUUUCUCCAGGGGAGCCCACCAUCCAGGACAGGUGAUCAUGUCCGAUGCCGCUGUGGAGCAGAGGCGGGCUCUGAUCAGGAGGAAAAAGAGAGAACGGAUGGGCACUCAGCCCCUGGGAGCCAAGGGGCUGACUCAGGAGCAGCAGACAAUGAUCAGAGAGCUGAUGGAUGCUCAGAUGAAAACCUUCGACACCACCUUCUCCAAUUUCAAGGACUUCCGGCUGCCAGAAGCGCCCAGCAGUGGUCACAAGGUUCCGGAAUCCUUGCAACCUGCAGCAGGGGAAGAAGCUGCCAAGUGGAGCCAGAUCAGGGGAGAUCUGUGCUCACUGAAGGUCUCUCUGCGGCUGCAGGGGGAAGACGGCAGCAUCUGGAACUACAGACCCCAACCUGAUAGCAGCGGGAGAGAGAUCUUUUCCCUGCUGCCCCACAUGGCUGACAUGUCAACCUACAUGUUCAAAGGCAUCAUCAACUUUGCCAAAGUCAUCUCCCACUUCAGGGAUUUGCCCAUCGAGGACCAGAUCUCCCUGCUAAAGGGGGCCACCUUUGAGCUGUGCCAGCUGAGAUUCAACACGGUGUUCAACGCAGAGACUGGAACCUGGGAGUGUGGUCGGCUGUCCUACUGCUUGGAAGACCCCGCAGGUGGCUUCCAGCAGCUUCUCCUGGAGCCGGUGCUGAAGUUCCACUACAGGCUGAAGAAGCUGCAGCUGCAUAGGGAGGAGUACGUGCUGAUGCAGGCCAUCUCUCUUUUCUCUCCAGACCGCCCAGGUGUGGUGCAGCGCAGCGUGGUAGACCAGCUGCAGGAGAGAUUUGCCAUUGCCCUGAAGGCCUACAUUGAGUGCAGCCGGCCCCAGCCUGCCCACCGGUUCCUGUUCCUGAAGAUCAUGGCCAUGCUCACCGAGCUCCGCAGCAUCAAUGCCCAGCACACCCAGAGGCUGCUGCGCAUUCAAGACAUACACCCGUUCGCCAGCCCCCUCAUGCGGGAGCUGUUUGGCAUCACAGAUGGCUGAGAAGCUGCCCCCUUGGGAGAGCCUGGGGGGGGGGGGGCAGCCGGAGCCAGAGCCCUGCCCUUCGAGCUGCCAUUCCUGGGUCUAGACAGAUGGAUACCGCUGAGAGCUGACAAUGCCCUACCGGUAGUGCCCACCCCAGGGAAUCCACAACCACAGCUCUGACAGUGCUGCCUAGCGUUCCUCAGGAAAGGGACAAGGGUCUCCCUGGACUCCAACCCAGUCUGUGGAGAGGGAAGCCAUAGACACUUUGAUGGAGAGCACUGGCCCAUCCAGAGGCAAGAGCACCCUCCCCUUAGAGAUGGCCCUGUGGUCUGGGCAUCUAGUGUCAUGGUGGGAGAGGGGAAGGGGUGCCUGGGGCUGGACUAUCUGAGAGUCUGUGCCCACAGCCAGAUUCAUUAGCUUCUUGGAUGUUUUCACUACAUACCCCUGUGUCCCUCACCCCACUCAUUCCCAGCCCGCAGCCACCUGUCCUGACCUGCUCAGUGAGUUUCCAGGCCUGUGUUCAUCAGCAGGUGUAUUUGUGUCUGCGAGAGGAGCCAGAAGGCCUGCAGCAGAUGUCAGAGGCUUGUCAUGACCGCUGUGUCUAUUCUUUCUUCCUUCUGGACCCUCUUUCUGUGUCUUUGUAGCCAUGCAAACACAUUCGUAAGCACCAACAACAUGCAGCUUUCUGUGGGGUAUUUGCCGACUCAGACAUAGCUCCUGAACUCCAAGACUUUCAAGUUCAACUUAACAAAGCAGAAACACAAGAGUUUUGAUCCAAAGAAGUGGUAAGGACCACAAGAAGCAUGAGGAAUUUCUUCCUGUGAACACUGAGCUAUGUGGGGUUCUGCACGCACCUGAGCACCCAAGUGAGGGAUCUCUGGAACAUGUGUUCGUGGGAGGAAGGGCACUAACUGGCUGAGUGCACAUGUGCGUGACUUAGUGUAGGUUGCCUCUGCGUCUGACCUGGGGCUUGGGUCUGCCCCCAAGGGUGGAACACUAGGGUGCUCUCUGCAACAAGGGUAUGUUAAUAAACAUGCUAGCUUUCACGCCCUGUAUGCUUCUGUUUAUACAUCUGUUUGGAAAGCUAAAUAGUAUGAAAGUGUUCGCUUUGUUUAUACCCAUUUUGAGUAAACAUGUUUUUGCCUUUGGUGCAAACUUACGUUUUGACUAAUUUUACAUAAUGCUUGCUGCACCUAAGGACAAGAUUUAGCAAAUAUGUUCCUGAGUUUAGUGUCAAAUCAAGUCAAGAGGACUAAGUAAUUAAUUUGUGGCUAGAGAUUUAAACUUUUUUUUUUUUUUUUUUGGUCUUCUUUUCUGGGGAAUAAAGAAAUGUGGGGGUGGGAAAAUAGAAAUGUUAUUUCAUAACAUACAUAUCUAUUUCUUCACUACUUGUUUUACUACUGCCCUUUGCACAUCUGAAGGCUGUUGGUAUAAAAACAAAAAUGAUUUAACUUGGUUUGCUCAUAAAACUAUUCCAUAUAAAGAUCCAUAUAAAGAUGAUACACCCUGCAAUAUAGUAU